AUGGUUUUUCUCCAAAAUCUUAUCAUGAAUAUAGGAGAUAUGAUGCAAUCGUUUAUGGGGAAUGCCCCAAAAAAGUUCCCCCAGCGCAAAAAAAAAUGGGGAGACCUUUUAAGUAAUAUUUUACAAACAACGCAAAAGAAAAGUAUGGAUAAAUGCACAUAUGACAAUAUUCGUAAAAGAGACCAACAUGAUUUUGAUACCAUGCGGUACCAUUCUCACUUCCUUACUUGUAACUGCUUGCCUAAAAUGGCUAACUUAAAAUUGAAAAUGGUUUUAAAUGUGAAAGGGGUAACCACAACAAGUGUUAUUCAAAAAAAAAACGUUCUAUGCAUUCUGCUCAGAAGCAGAGUUAACACUUUUAAAAGGGUAAUAUAUAAUAUUUCGACAAAACAGACAGAAAAAUUGGCAAAAAAUAAAUAA